UGGGGUUUAGCUGAGUGUGUCACACGCGACUGCUGACAACGUGACUCCACAUCGCACCAAUUUUCUACAGGACUACAUUCUACACUUGGUGUCUUUUCUGCUCAUCACAGUCUUCAACAAACAUGAAGAAGCUAUUCAAGAAGAAGAGCAAACGGAUGCCUGCAAACAGGAGAUAUAAGAUUCAGAAGAAAGUCAGGGAACACCAGAGAAAGGUGAAGAAGGAAGCAAGAAAAAAUAAAGACAGAAAUAAGAGUACAAAGGAUCCAGGUGUUCCAAACUCCUGCCCUUUCAAGGAGAAGAUCCUGAAUGAGGCAGAGCAAUCAAAAAGGACAGCUGAAGAGCAGAAAAUAAAGCGAAGGGAGGAACUAAAAGAACUACGGAAAAAGCAACGGGAAGAGCGCUUAGCUAAGGAGAGGGGUCUGAGCCUAGAAUCCCUUGUUUCAAGCUGUGCAACAUGAUGCCAUUGCCACAGCUACUCAAACUUCUGAUGGAAACAAGGCCUCCUCCAUUGUCACUUCUUCUACAAAAGCUUACUAUAAGGAAUUUCGCAGGGUACUAGAAGCAGCAGAUGUGGUGCUGGAAGUACUUGAUGCUCGAGAUCCUUUGGGGUCCCGAAGCAAACUCCUUGAAGAGACUGUGCUUUCAUGUGGAACUGCCAAGCGACUCAUACUUGUUCUAAACAAGGCUGAUCUGGUUCCCAAAGAGAAUCUUCAGCGAUGGCUGAAAUACUUGCGUAGGGAGUUCCCUACUAUUGCCUUCAAGGCAUCAGUGUCAGAAGGGUCUGACACAUUUAUUCGAAAGCGCAAGAACCCGGAGCUGGCCAGUGAAGGCCUGCGGCAGUCAUCCGUAUGCCUUGGAGCAGAUUCUUUGAUGCAGCUCCUGGGGAACUAUACAAGGAACAAGGGCUUGAAGACAAGCAUUGUUGUUGGAGUUGUAGGUUAUCCAAAUGUGGGGAAGAGUAGUGUGAUUAACAGUCUCAAGCAUUCAAAAGCAUGUAGUGUGGGUGCCAUUCCUGGAGUGACCAAGUCUAUGCAGAUGGUUCAGUUGGACAAGCACAUCCAGUUAUUAGACAGCCCAGUGAUGGUCCUUGCCUCCUCUGAUGGCCUGGAUCCAUGCCAAGUUGCUUUGAAAAAUGCUAUUCGUGUGGAAUCACUUCCUGACCCCAUCAGCCCCGUUGAAGGACUCAUUCAGAGAGCCUCAAAGAAACAGCUAAUGCUUCAAUAUCGCCUGCCAGACUUCAAGACAACUGAGGAAUUUCUUCAGGUCUUGGCUAAGCGAUUUGGCUAUCUCAAGAAAGGUGGGAUCCCUGAUGUUGAUAAAUCUGCCAGGCAGAUCCUCAAGCAUUGGAACAGUGGCAGGAUCAAGUACUACACAGAACCACCAGAAGCUCCAUUAGUGCAUGUAAGUGCUGAAAUUGUGAAGGAAAUGGCUAAUGAAUUCCGGUUAGAAGAUUUGAUGGAGACAGAGGACAAGAUCUUCACUGCAUUGCCAGUGGUUCCUACCAUGGAUACUAUGGAGAUCCAACCUUUGGUGACAGAGACUCAACAUACUGCAUCUUCCUUAAAUUGCGAGUCAAAAUCUGCCAAGGAAGAGGAGGAAGAUGAUGGUAAUGACCAGGAAGGCAAGGGAGAAGAGAGGGAAGAGUCGUACAGCAAGGCAGUGACUCGCUCAUUGACAAGCACAGCUCAUGAAGAGAAGUUGCUGGAGAAGAUCAAAAAGAAGGUAGAACGAGAGAGAGCAAGAAAAAAGUUCCUUGAUCCCUUAGAGCCUGGGAACCAACGGCUAAACAUGGUCAGGAGGGUGCACAUGAAGAAGCUUGCUCGGAAAGCCAAAAAGGAUAAAAAACGAACUGAGAGAGCUGCUGUGCAACUGGCUGAUACCCUGGCUGACACCUUGUGAUGUGCUUUUGUCUCUUUGGUGCUUCCUUCUUUGCCAGCAAUGAAAUUCCUCCAUGCCAUUUCAGUGCUCAGUAUCUCAGCUGC